ACUCUCUCAGGGCUUUGGGUCCGCGGUUGUUGAUCCAGCUCGGCCCCUUGGAGGGUGAUUUUCUGUGGGGCAGUGAGACCAAAGAAAACCUUAAUCAGAAAGGAUGGAGUUGGGAAAAGGACAGCUUCUCAGGACCGGGCUGAAUGCAUUGCAUCAAGCAGUACACCCAGUUCACGGCCUUGCCUGGACUGAUGGGAAUCAGGUAGUCUUGACUGAUUUACAGCUUCACAGUGGAGAGGCCAAGUUUGGGGACUCAAAGGUCAUUGGACAGUUUGAACAUGUGUAUGGCGUGUCCUGGGCCCCACCUGGUACAGCUGACACGCCUGCUCUGCUCGCUGUCCAGCACAAGAAGCAUGUCAUUGUGUGGCAGCUGUGUCCCAGCACUACGGAGACAAGCAAAUGGCUGAUGUCUCAGACCUGUGAGGUUAGAGAAUCACACCCUGUCCUUCCCCAGGGCUGUGUGUGGCACCCAACAAGUGCUGUGCUGACCGUGCUGACUGCACAGGACAUCUCCGUUUUCCAUAAUGUUCACUGUGACAGUUCCCAGGUAAAAGCAGACCUCAGCACCCAAGGCCUCAUUCACUGUGCGUGUUGGACCCAGGAUGGCCAGAGGCUGGUGGUGGCAGUAGGCAGCAGCCUGCUUUCUUAUAUUUGGGACAGUGCUCAGAAGACUCUUCACAGGUGCUCCUUCCACCCACUGUGUGAUGUGGACAGCUAUGUGCGCUCCAUUGGAGCCACUGUGGACUCACAGGUUGCUAUAGCCACUGAACUUCCAUUAGACAAGAUUUGUGGCUUAAAUGCCUCUGAAACCUUUUACGAUGUGCUGCCUAGUGGUGAAGACACUUGUGUGUAUACUUUACCACUUAAUAAUGAAGUGCCCUCUGUGGAUAAGGAGGCAUUCACUUCUGAAACAAAUUCUGAAACAUCAGUUUCUGCAUUUUCUUCCUCUUCAGAUCCUCUGGAUCUAACUCAUAUACGUUUCAAUAGAUCUAAGUCUGAGGGUAGUUCUCUUAUUUGUCUAAGAAAAAAGGACUACUUGACAGGAACUGGCCUGGAUUCUUCACAUUUGGUCCUGGUGAGCUUUGGGAAAGAUGUUACCCAGACCAGAAAAGUCACUAUUCCAGGCAUUCUGGUUCCUGAUCUAAUAGCAUUUAAUCUUAAGGCACAGGUAGUGGCAGUGGCUUCCAAUACUUGUAAUAUAAUUUUUAUCUAUUCUGUCGUUCCAUCAUUUAUGCCGAACAUCCAGCAAAUUCAGUUAGAGAGUAGUGAAAGACCAAAAGGCAUAUGUUUCCUGACAGACAAAUUAUUAUUAAUUUUGGUAGGAAAACAGAAAUCCACUGACUCGGCGUUUCUUCCUUCUUCAGCGUCUGCUGAGUAUAGCAUUCGUUUGCUUGUUAGAGAAGUAAUGGUGGAAGAAGAGUUCCCAACAGCAUUGAGUGACGACCAGAGUGGCUGCUCUGCUUUCAGUGCUCUGUUAAAUAAAGCAGGUACAAAAAAGCUAAUUGAAAGUCUUUCCCCAGAUUUUGGUCACCAAAACAGAGGGCUCUUGUUAACAGCUAAUGGCAGUAGUCAAAGUGGAAGGCCUGGAACAACCCUUAUUAAAGAAAUCAAAAGUCCCCCAUCCAGGAUCUGUGAUGGCUCCAUAGCCCUAGAAACUCUAGGGGCUGAGCCUAUUAACUGGUCAGUAACACCACCCAGACCCAGCAGCACACCAGACCACACCAGCACCCCAGAACCUCCUAAUUUGCCUCCAGGAAAGAACUUACAAGAGGAAAAGGAAAUUUAUCAGCUCUUGAAGGAACUGGAAAUUUUAUCUAGGAACCUGACUGAAGUGCAGCGAUGUCUUUCUGAACUCACAGACUUUCUACGUAAUGGAAAGAAAUCCUCUCCAGUGUAUCCACUCUCUCAGGAUCUGCCUUAUGUUCACAUCGUUUACCAGAAAUUUUAUUAUGUAGGUCCUGUUGUUGAAAAAAGAGCUGUGCUCCUCUGCAAUGGCAAACUAAGGCUCAGCACGGUUCAGCAGACUUUUGGCCUCUCUCUUAUUGAAAUGCUGCAUGCCAUCAUGAUAGAAGAUCUGUUCCAGGAAGGAGCCACCAUGUCAAAUUCUCUAGGCAGUUAGUGGGGGAGGUCAAAUGUCCCUCAGAGAAAACAAUCAAGGUAAAGAGAUAUAUCUUAGGAUGGCCAAAUCUUGAUCUCCCACACAUGCAACAUAUAUAUAAAGUACAGGAAGGCUUAAUAAUAAAAUGAACUACCUACCACCUAAUUUAAGAACCAAAACAUUACUUUUGAAACCAUUCAAGCUCCCUGUGUGUCCCUCCUGGAUCCUUCUCCACAGAGGUAACUCUACCCCACGUAACUACUCCGUUGAUUGUUAUAAUUAUCAUUUCUUCAUUCCUUUUCUUUCUUUUUAUUUUUUUUUUAUUUACUUUUGUAUGUGUGAGGAAGAUCAGCCCUGAGCUAACAUCCAUGCCCAUCCUCCUCUUUUUGCUGAGGAAGCCUGGUCCUGGGCUAACAUCCGUGCCCAUCUUCCUCUACUUUAUAUAGGACACCACCACAGCAUGGCCUGACAAGCGGUGCGUUGGUGCGCGCCUGGGAUCCGAACCCAGGCCGGCAGCAGGGGAGCGCACGCACUUAACCGCUACGCCAUGGGGCUGGCCCCUUCUUUCUUUUUAAAAAGGAGUUUCACCACAACCACAUAUAUACAUUGGCCUCAACAAUAUAAUGUUUAUUUUCCCUUGUUUUUGAGCUUUACACAACGGUAUUAUAUUGUAUAUAGUCUUCUACAACUUGCUUUUUUUCACUCAAUAUUGUUUCUAAGAUUCAUACUUCUAUGUGUAUGUUCUAUUACUUUUGCUGUUUUGAGUUAUCAGAAUUUACCUGUUUUCCUGCCGUGCACAUUUGGAUUGUUCCUCCUAUAAUUUUUGCAAUUAUAAACAAUACUGCUCUGAAUGUUCUUGUUAAAUGUCUCCUGGUGCAGGUGUCUUUUACCUAGGUAUGGAAUUGCUGGAGCACAGGGUGUGAGUAAAUUCAAAUUAUUUUCCGAGGUGGUUAUAUCUGUCUUCACUCCCAACAGCAAGGUAUCAGAGCUCCUAUAGUUCUACAUGCUCAAGGCUGCUUAAUCUAUGACACUUUAGUAGUUUUAAAUGGCUUCUCAUUGUGAUCCUAAUUUUUACUUUCAGACCUCCAGUGAACUUGAGCAUCUUUCAUGUGUUUAUUGGCCAUUCCAGUUUUCUCUUUUGCAAAAUGCCUGUUCAUGUCUUUUGCCCAAUUUCUACUGCGUUGUCUUUUUCUUGUCGAGUUGUAGGGACUCUUUAUAUAUUCUAGAUGUCGCUAAUAUAUGUGGCUAAUAUCUUCACCCAGUUUGUGACUUGACUGUUCCCUUUCUUUAUGGUAUGUUUUGUUGAACAGACAUUGUUAAUUUUAAUGAAGUCAUAUUUAUCAAUCUUUCCUUUUAUGAAAGUUUUGUCUUUCACAUUUGUUUCUUUUUUUCUCUCCCCACAGCCCCAGUACAUAGUUGUAUAUCAUAGUUGUAGAGUUGUAGCUCUUCUAUGUGGGAUGCUGCCUCAGUGUGGCCUGAUGAGCGGUGAGUAGGUCUGUGCCCAGGAUCCAAACCGGCGAACCCCUGGCUGCCGAAGCGGGAACGCGCGAACUUAACCACUACGCCACCAGGCCGGCCCCUCACGUUUGUUUCUUUAAUCAGCGUUCUGUUGGGUACUUGAGGAGGACAUUCUGUACAUCUCCUGAGUUUUCUCUCUGUCUAGCUCACUCCUCUCCAAUAUUCUGUCCUACAAACUCUGGCUACUUCGGUCUCCCCAAACUCAUCUUCUCAACUCAGGGAGUCCUCUGGGCUCCAAAUGGUUCUCUUCACUGUCAUCUGGAAACUCGCAAGGCAAUACAUAAGCUGGAGCAGUCAGAAGAUUAAUCUCAUUUGUUUCUGAUUUCUCAGAGAUUACUCCUUCGUUGCCUGAUGCCCAGUGUCUUGAAAACGGUUGUUUCAUAUAUUCUGUCCAGUUUUUUUGUUGUUUUAGCCAGGAGGCUAGAUCUAGUCUCUACUACUCCAUCAUGGCCAGAAGCAGCAGUCUUUCCACAUCUUGUUGAUUUAUUCCUAGGUACUUUAUAUUUUUUGUUGCUACUCUUAAUAGCUUUUAAAAAUUAUAUUAUAUAACUGUUGCUGGCAUGCAAAAAUGCAAUUUGUUUUUGUUAAUUUUAUAUCCAACUACCUUGCUGUGCUCUUACUAAGUCUAAUAAUUUAUCUGUAGAUUCUUUUGGGUUUUCUAUAUAGGCAAUCAUAUCAUUUACAAAAUGACAAUUUGGUUUCUUCCUUUCUAAAUCUUAUACUAUUAUCUUAUUGCACUGGCUAGAUCCCCUGAUGAAGUGUUGAAUAGAAGCAGUGAUAUUGGGUAUCCUUGCUUUAUUCCUGAUUUUAAAGGGACUAUUUCAUCAUUAAGAAUGAUGUUUGCGGGGCCGGCCCAGUGGCGUAGCGGUUAAUUGCGCACACUUUGCUGUGCAGCCCGGGGUUUGGAUCCUGGGCGCGCACCAAAGCACCGCUUGUCAAGCCAUGCUGUGGCGGUGUCCCAUAUAAAGUGGAGGAAGAUGGGCAGGGAUGUUAGCCCAGGACCAGUCUUCCUCAGCAAAAAGGAGGAUUGGCGACAGAUGUUAGCUCAGGGCUGAUC